AUGACCGGAAAAUAUAAAAUUGUUAUGAUACGCCAUGGUGAGAGCGAGUGGAAUCAGAAGAACUUGUUCUGCGGCUGGUUCGACGCGGACUUGAGCGACAAAGGGCGUGAGGAAGCUGUGUCAGCCGGUAAAGCCUUGAAAGCUGAGGGUUACAAGUUUGAUGUGGCCCACACAUCAGUGCUGAAGCGGGCUCAGAUCACACUAAACUCUGUUCUGACAGAGAUUGGCCAAACUGAUAUCCCUGUAAACAAGACAUGGAGGUUGAAUGAAAGACACUACGGAGGACUCACUGGACUGAAUAAGGCUGAGACUGCAGCCAAAUAUGGUGAUGCUCAGGUGCAAAUCUGGCGUCGCAGCUUCGACACCCCCCCGCCGCCGAUGGAGAAGGACCACCCGUACUACGAGACCAUCGUGAACGACCCGCGCUACGCCGGCGACCCCAAGCCUGAGGAGUUCCCCAUGUUUGAGAGCCUCAAGCUCACCAUCGAGAGGACACUGCCGUACUGGAACGAUGUUAUUGUUCCGCAGAUUAAAGAAGGCAAGAACAUUAUCAUUGCCGCCCACGGGAACAGCUUGCGUGGUAUUGUCAAGCAUUUAGAUGAACUUAGCGACGCUGCCAUUAUGGAAUUGAAUCUGCCGACCGGGAUACCCUUCGUUUAUGAGCUGGAUGAGAACAUGAAGCCAGUCAGUUCCAUGGUCUUCCUGGGUGACGAGGAAACCGUCAAGAAAGCCAUGGAGGCCGUAGCAGCACAGGGCAAAGCCAAGUAG